CAUUCAGCGAUCUAACCGCGCAACGAAUCUAUUUGGGUGCAUCUUCAUGAUACUGCAUUGCAGUCCUACCGUUUAUUACUCGACAUCGAACUCCUUACGCCUACAAAGUCAAGUGACCCAGACUCCUUGUCCCACCUCAAUCGUUUGACUCAAUCUGCUCCGGUCGCUUCACUUAAUCACCAUUUCCAACCACUCAAGACUCGACCCGCGCAAACACAGGUUCAUGUCCAGCUGAUACAGAGCACAUUGGCUCAGAGCUUACGCUCUGAGCCGCCGAGUCAAGGCAACAUCUUCUUGCCACCUCAAUGAUUCCUUUGAACGUCGCUCUCGACUGCUACGAAGACCAUAUGACAAUGGAGUCGAGUCAGGAAAGGGAGGAUCGACCUGGGAAAUCGAAGAAGGACACCCCACACACUCUUUUGGCAAAGCAUCUACAGGGAAAGAAGUCGGAAUGGGAUGCAAUAACAGCACAGAAACAACCUCUACGACUCCUUGAUCUGCCCUUGGACAUUUUACACGCAAUCUUAAGAGAGCUCACCCAUACAAACGAUCUUACAUCCCUCGCUUUAACCCACUCCGCCCUUCAUGCGCUUGUCAUACCUCACAUCUAUUCCAGGUUCGAUAUUGUCUGGCCUGACGCAAACGCUACCUUCGAGAAUCGAAUGGGAGUCGAUGCGCUUACUUAUGGCUUAGCGACUUUGGUCAUGGCUCAGGACGUGUUCGGCGAGGCUUCCUAUCAGCAACAGACGCACCACCACUGCGAACAAUGUGGGCACCGAAACCAUCCAGUCUCUCAAGACAUCACCAAGCCUCCAAAGAUACGAAGAGGGAAUUACUUUGCACAAUACACACGAAAAUUCAGUCUAGGCAAUGGACCGGCAGACUGGGUCCAAGAAUAUCUCAUCACAAAGGAAGGUGGAAAAAUGUUGGGAACUCUUGUCGCACUUGCAGUUGGAAGAAUGCGCAACCUCGAGGCUUUUAUAUGGGACAUGCCCACAGGUGUUCUGCGUGAUGUGUGGCUGGCCCUGGCCUCCCUAGGCAAUCGUGAUGACGGACAAGAAUGUCGUCUUGAAAGAGUAUGGGUCCGAUGGCAUGAUAACCAAGAUCAAGGUCCAUUGGCUUCACCUCCAGUAGCUGGUCCCAGUUCUGGUCCACAAGCAUCAAACCUACCGUCCAUACUCGUUGGCUCGGCGAAUUCUCUAUUUCAGAUCCCUCCCUAUCCCAGGGUUGAGUUCCCAACAUUCUCGAUAUUGCCUCCACUCAAGAGUUUAAGUGUGCUCGACAUCGACGAGUUGCCAUAUGCGGAGGAGAUGAGUGUGCUCAUCGAGAGAUCACUGGGCAAGCUCCGGGAACUUCGGGUUGGAAUGGCCUCUCAUGCACAAUUUGAUAUGUGGGCUCGACCCGCCGAAGAUAGAACGCCAGUCCUACCUCCCCUCAUGGGCGGUUUGGGUGAUCAGACUCCUCGACCAGGCGGUAUUCUUGGAAUUUUGGUUCAUCGAUUCUGCGAUCCCUUCGCGCAGCAAAGGAAAAACUACAUGGCCCCAACACUCGAGACACAACCCCAAUCCGUCGAGGAGGAGGUCGAGCUAGAAGGAAACCCAGAACCAGCCAAGGCGGAAGAUCUCGAGAAUGCAAUCAGCGCUACAGACAUCAAUCAGCUCGGCGAUCUGUUGUCUGCUUCUAGUAUUCAGGAGGAGGAUCUGAACCUAAUGUCUGCUUCUAGCGCUAAGCGGGCUGCUUCGUACAGCCAGAUGUCGGCUUCGAACGACAAUCAUCCUCCUAUUAUGGGCGAUCUGUUCCAAGAGUCUGCCAAGGAGGAUCACUCAUCCCGUAGAUUGCAGCUAGACACACUCGAGCUGGAAAGAGUCUACCUUUCAAUCACUGUGCUGUCAAAGGCAAUCGAUUGGUCAAGACUGACGUCGCUUACCCUUCUGGGCUGUCGAAACCACGAAAUAGUGUGGAAAGCACUUCGAAAACGCUUCACCCCUAGCAGUCGGAGAAGAGUAUCCUCUGCAGCAUUCAGAGUCUCAUCCAACGCCGCUAUGCAGCACCCACAACUGAGCACUUCAACCAUUGCAGAGCUGGCUCCCUCGGACUAUCCCUUGAAAUUGAGACGACUGCAUACUGAUACUGUUUCACCAUCGUUGAUUGCCUUUAUCAAAGAUACACUUGCACCAGACAGCCUUGAAUGGCUCUUCUUGCAGGAUAACAGUAUCUGCAAAUCUCAAGUCUCCAUAGACAUGAUCUACAAAGGCGCGAUCCGACGACACCGAUCAAGCCUGACCAAGCUCCUCAUCGACAGCACGUUGAGGUCGGAAGAUCCCGAAACCCCGGGCACCAACUGGCGGCGGUGGGUCUUCAAUAGGGAGCUUAUCACCUGCAUCACAAGUGGCAAGAUGAAGCUUCGCGAGCUCAGUAUGUCUAUCGACUAUAAGGAUUGGCACCACUUUCUGAGGCGACUCCCUAACGCGACCUCCUUGCGAUCGUUACACAUUCCUCAUAUUGCUGAGCACAUCAGCGGGACGGUCCACUCCCGCGAGGCCGCAUUGCAGGUUCUUGACAUUGUUGCCUUGAGGCCAGAACUUGAACUGUGCUAUCUGGGGAUACAGAAUCAGUGUUUUGAGAUCCUAGAAUAUGCCAAUGUACGGAAGGGGUCAAGCUUGGCGGGCCCAUUCCCAUCGAACAGCAACCCUCAUUCAGGAGAUGAUGUCGAAACAGACCAGGCUGCGGGAGGGCAUGGCCAUGCAGGACAUCACGGCCUGAAUCAACAUGCCCAUCAUGGCCAUGCUCAUGUCCAGUCCCACUCUGACGACGAAGGGGAUGGGGACAUGAAUGAUUCAAGCGACUUUGAGGCGGUGUCAGAUACAGAUGGAGACAUUACCGAUGGGGAAAGUGAGGAAGGAACAAGCUCAAACAUGCCCAAGCCGACGUGGCGGUUGAGGGAGAUCUUAUUCUACGAUGACAAGAUCUCUAUCUUCAAAGCCAGACAUGGGAAAUUAUGAUACGUUCAGUGCUCGCUGGUGAAGAGCGGGCUGAUAAGAGACCAGGAUGACGGAACACAAGUGACAUGGAAGUUAGGGCCACGAUAUCCGGAGUUGGCCAGCUUCAUGAGAUGUCUGGUAAUCACCCUGAAACUGGAGGAACGCCGCUGUCUGGAGGAGUUUUCGGAUAUGACGAUGUCCCAGGCGGUGCGUGGAAGGCUGUAAGGGACGACGACUUUGGUCAACAAUUGUAGCUAAUAUAUCAUAUGGUCAUUUUAGCGUAGUUUCGGGAAGAUCAAAGCUUCCAGGGGCAGAUAUGCCACUGAAUGAUGAACGUUUUACGAUGAAA